AUCAUUCAUCAUUUAUUUGUUGGCUCAUAACAUGAUGGGUUGGAAUUAUGUCUUAUUCUCUGUUGAAGAAGAAAUGCGUUGCAAGUCAAGUUUGUUCAUUCACUGCAACACAGAAGUAUCUCCUCUCUCAGUAAAGAGAAACAACUUGAGUGUAAAAUCAUACGGUACUUCUUGUUCUGUCUCAUGGAGUUUUCCCUUGAGGAAGAGAAGUCGGCUGUUAGUUACUUGUUGGAAGGCCCUCCCCCACUUUUAUUGGAAAACGACCUUGGUUGCACAUCUACAGAAAGAUACUUGUCAUCAUGGACCUCUUCACGGUUUUGACUUUUCUUCAAAAAGUGAAGAACAAAGGAAUCCUUCACAAAGUCUUUGUCUGGAUGAAAGCUUACUACACUGUGAGGGAACCUUGUGUGGUAGCAGUGGUAACAGAAAUGAGUCGUUCGUAAAGUUCUUAAUAUACCAGUUAUUUCCAAAGAAUAUUGCGGACAAGUUGGAAACUUUUCGAAUUUCUUUAGAAAGCGAUAUCCGCUUGCCUUUAUUUGCAGCUUGUAUAUUUAUUGUAGCUUUGGUGGGACGAUACGUUUUUCGUGUUAAUAAGUCUUUCGAGACACUAUUAGUCGGAACUUGUUUCGCUAUUUGUGGACUGCCUGCUUUGGACGAUACAGUUAUAUCCUUGAAAGCCCGAGAUAUUAAUAUCGAUGUUUUGAUGACUGCUGCAGCAUUAGCUUCUUUUUUUCUAGGAUCCAUAUUUGAAGGCACUUUGCUAGUUCUUCUCUAUACAUCGUCACAUAUAGCAGAGAGAAAAGUUCAGCAAUUUGCGACAAAAAGGUUGGACUCCCUUCGAGAUCACAUUCCUCAGACUGCUUUAUGUGUUGGAACCAGGGACAAGUUGUAUGACUCACCUCGUGAAGUAAGUGUUUCACAAGUGAAACCUGGAGAUUGGAUUUUGGUUAGAGCAGGUGAAAUAGCUCCUUGUGAUGGUAUUGUAAAGAAAGGCUCAGCCUUCGUGACAAGAGAACAUUUUAAUGGAGAAACUUUGCCAUCUUCUGUUGGUGAAGGAAGUGAAGUACUAUCAGGCAGUCGAACGCUAGAUGGCUCGUUAGUUUUGGAAGUGUCUAGAAUGAGUAGCGAGUCUACUCUACAGCGGAUUCUUCUUCUUAUUGCUGAAGCAAAAAAGAACCGCCCUCCUAUCCAAGUUUGGAUAGAUCGAUGGGGAAGUUUGUAUUCAAGGGUAGUCUUAUUCAUAUCUUUUUGUAUUAUAGUUUUUUUGGCUCCUUUAAGUAGACUCUUUGGAAGAAGUGUAAUUACAUUUUGGGGUUCUGGGGGUUCACUAUCGAGAGGUUUAGGGUUUUUAGUAACUACAAGUCCAUGUGCACUAGUCAUAGGUGCUCCAGUUGCCUAUCUAAGUUGUCUAAGUGUAGCAGCCUCUCGUGGAGUUUUUAUCAAAGGUGGUGCGAAGGCUAUUGAAAAUGUUUCAAGUUGUAGUCAUUUUGCAUUUGAUAAGACGGGUACCUUGACUAUGGGGAAAGUGCACCUUGUGCGUAUCAUGACAUAUUCUUCGUAUUGCUGCCAGCCAGAAAUUGUAUGGAAUGUAUCUCAAAUACUUCACGAGUAUAAUAGUAAUAUCUCUACACGGCAAUACUCUUGUUUUUCCAAUAGUGUUUGUCAGCAUGUAGGAUUAGAAGAAGCUCUUAUGUUAGCUGCAUCUUUGGAAAGGGGUACAGUUCAUCCAUUUGCCAGAGCUUUACAAGCUGCAGCGGAGAAUGCAAAACUCUCCCUGGAUAUUCCAAGCGACUAUCAAGCUAUUUCAGGUCUCGGAUUAUCAGGAACUUUUCGAUCGACGAACGCAUACAGAAAUCCUCAUGAUUCUAAAGAACGACAGGAGAGAAAGGUUUGGUUUGGCAGGUUGACAUAUAUUAUGGAAUAUCUUUCCCUGGAACAUAGUUGUUUGACUUGGUUGGAAAGCAAGUUGAAGGAAGCUGGGAGUCGUGGAGAAUCAGUUGCAGUACUUGCUGAUUCUUUUGGAAAGAUUGCAGUAUUUUGUUUCGUUGAUCAGCUGAGACCAGAGACAGCUGAGGCAUUAUCGAGCUUACAAAGAGAUGAAGCACGUAUUACAAUUGUAACUGGAGACAGUUUGGCAGCCACGAAUGCUAUUAUUGAAUGGUUACCUUCAAUAGAGAACAUUCAAAUUGUUCAUUCUUUGAGUCCAAAGUCAAAGUUGGACUGGAUUUCUGAAUGGAGCUUGAAGAGUGGUUUGGCUAUGGUUGGGGAUGGAAUGAACGAUGCUCCUGCGUUAGCAGCUGCCACUACAGGCAUUGUGUUAGGACUUGCUAGUGCCACUGCUGUCCAAGCUGCGGAUAUUAUUCUUGUACAACCUGAUUUAACUAAUAUAGUUUGGUUGUGGAAAAAAGCAAAAUGUACAAAGCGCAUUGUAACCCAAAAUAUAAUAUUUGCGUUGUUUUGUAUGAUAGUUGCUUCUUCUGCCUCUGUUGUAGGUACUAUGCCUCUUUGGUUGGCUGUUAUUGUUCAUGAAGGAAGUACAAUUCUGGUUGGCUUGAAUGGAUUGCGUUUGUUGAACGAUAACUUUGAUAAAUGGUGAAAAUGAUGAAAGAGAACAAUAAAAAUGUCAUUGGUCAC